CAAUUCAGCCAAUGUUCGAUUCUUUACCUUCUCCUUAAUUUUUCUUUAUUUCCCAUUUUUUCCAUGAUGUCAUUAAGUCCUCCUCCAUUGAGCCGCUUCACCACUGACUGACUCAUCACUUCCUUCUGAUAUUCUUCUUCCAGCUGUUAUUCCUAGAUCUCUAUCCACUGGAUCUCCAUGUCGUCAAACUCCACUCCCCAGCAGCAUGAGUUCAAUCCUCAUUUCCUUGAACAACAGCAACCUCGGCAGCAGCAGCAGCGCCAGGAUCACGAUCAUCACCAACCUCACAGCGGUCUCAAAGUCCCCCAACCUCGCCGGACUAACCCCAUAACAUGGUUCGCUGCAAUCUUCUGUGCCAUCUUCUGGAUCAUCGUCAUACUGGGAGGCCUGGUAGUUCUGAUUGUAUACCUUAUCUUCCGACCGAGGAAUCCUCAUUUUGACGUGUCAAGUGCCACACUCAAUGCCGCCUACAUCGACAUGGGCUACCUCCUGAAUGCCGACCUCACUGUCCUCGCCAACUUCACAAACCCCAACAAGAAGAUCGACGUGGACUUCAGUUACAUGGACAUCGAUCUCUACUACGGGGAUACCCUCAUUGCCACCGGAGCCAUCGACCCCUUCUCUGCAACCAGGACGGAAUCGAAGCUGCAGGAUGUUCAUAUGGUCUCCAGCCAGGUUCGGCUGCCGUCAGGUGACAGUGAACGACUCCAGAAGCAGAUGGAGGGAAAUGGUAUCAUACUGGACGUUAAAGGGACAUUCAGAACACGAUCUAACUUCGGGAGUAUCUUCCAUUACUCUUACUGGUUGUAUAGUCGAUGCACUAUUGUGCUCACUGGCCCUCCUAGCGGGGUCUUAGUGGGCCGGAACUGCAGAACUAAACGUUAGAGUGUUUCCUUUUUGGGAGUAAAUACGAGCUCUUGAAGAUUGAUACCUUACCCUGCAUUUUGUAAAGCAGUAAAUAUGAUACCAUACCCUUCACAAUAAGGCAACCCCACAGCGGUAUUAUUACUUGUUAGUAGCAAAAAGAUCAGAAUUCCAAUUCCAAAGCUUUGUUCUGCUCGGCAGAUGUUUUGAAGGUAUGUACAGAGUAGCGUCCAGCUUUGGAGUCUGGCUGUCCCCGUUUCCCACAUUUACAUGUUUAAUUUCAAAUAAGUUUUUAUGUCGAUGAACAAUCAUCGUUCUCGUGGCA